UGUGCCUACGGCGCCGGUGGCCCGCUGACCCCGUCCGUCAUCCGAAGCCGCCACGAACCAAAGCAUCUUCACGCGCGCACCUCCCCCCUCCCAUGGCGCCGCCGUUCGCCGCCGCCGCCGUCUCCUCCUCGUCCCCUCUCUUCUCCCCGUCGUCAUCCCGCCCCAUCCUCCGCCGCCAGCUGCCGCUGACCUCCAUCUCCUUGCGGCCGCGGCGGCUCUCGCUCGCGGCCUCCGCCGCGGCGGCUGAGUCAGCCGGGAGGCUGCUUCUCGAGGUGCGCGGUCUUACCGCCUCUGUGAAGGAGACCGGGCAGCAGAUCCUGAAAGGGGUCGACCUCACCAUCCACGAGGGCGAGGUUCACGCGAUCAUGGGGAAGAACGGCUCCGGCAAGAGCACCCUCACAAAGGUCCUUGUUGGCCAUCCACAUUAUGAGGUAACUGGUGGUACCAUUCUCUUCAAGGGUGAGAACUUGAUUGACAUGGAGCCAGAGGAAAGAUCUCUUGCAGGCCUCUUUAUGAGUUUCCAAGCGCCUAUUGAGAUUCCUGGAGUGAGUAAUUAUGAUUUUUUGCUCAUGGCGUUAAAUGCUCGCAGAGAGAAGAAUGGUCUUCCAGCUUUGGGGCCUCUUGAGUUCUAUUCAGUUGUAUCACAAAAAGUGGAGGCCUUGAAGAUGGAACCAAAGAUCCUUGACCGCAAUGUAAACGAAGGGUUUAGUGGUGGAGAAAGAAAGCGCAAUGAGAUACUCCAACUUUCUGUUGUUGGGGCUGAUUUAGCCCUCCUUGAUGAGAUCGAUUCAGGACUAGAUGUUGAUGCGCUUGAAGAUGUAGCACAUGCCGUGAAUGGGCUCUUGUCUCCCCAAAACUCCGUUUUGAUGAUUACACACUAUCAACGCCUUUUGGAUCUUAUUAAGCCGAGCUACGUUCACAUCAUGGAGAGCGGCAAGAUAGUGAAGACAGGUGACAGCUCUCUAGCGAGCCACAUUAACGAGGGUGGUUUCAAAUCAAUCGCUACUUUUGUAUAGCGUGAAUAAGGUUUUUCUUUUGCUCACUCUUUUCUCUUUCUUUGAGAGAUUGUUUUUGCUUUUCUGGUGACAUGAAGACCCAUGCAUCUUCAUGGUAAACAUCAUAUGGUAUGUGAUCCCUCCUGAUAAAAGAGAGACAAAUGGUGAAAGGAACAUGUAGGUUGGUUCAGGUUGUGCAAAGACGUUCCAGCUUCUUAUGGAUUUGGCUGAUUUUAGAUACUCCUUUGUAGGUCAAUGUUUGAAUUCCCAGCCACUAGUCUACUUGUCAGGACAGAUUGGUCACUAGUUGCGCUCCAUGCAAUCAGUAUUAUUACACCUAGCACUCCUGCUGCCUGGAAGUAAAACGCAUAACUUGUGUGAAAUUGUUGAGCUAGUGCCCAUUUGGCCAGACAUGUCAUCUUUUGGAGGUGCAGCGCUGGAGUUCUCAACUGCCCCCAGCUAUAUUUCUCUUUUCCCCUGUAAAUUUUUUUGCAUUACAAUAUUUAUACAUUAUUAUAGUUAUAUGCAGGGUAACAUCCUGCAUGUGCAUACGGCCAACAAAUUUGUAUCUGAAUUUUCCCUACAGUUGUAGUUAGUUUUGAAUAUCA